AUGGACUCACUAGACCGCCUGCCGGCGGCCAAUCACUAUGUUAGGACAGGAGAACAGCAAUCAACCAAACGGCCAUCGAUUUUUGAUUUAAUGCAUGGUCAACCACAAAUAGCACCAGUUCAAAAUGGGUUAAAUGGUGGGCUGAGGGUUGAUCGAACACCAAGUUGUCGAGUUUCGGUUGUUAAGUUUGAUGAGCCAGAUGAAAAGGAGAAGAAACAGCCAAAAAAGUUUGGCUGGAUCGAGGGAGUGUUUUUGAGGUAAUUUUUUAAACUUUUAAAAAAUGGUUAAGACUAAAGACGUAUUUUACACUACUUUUUAAUUAUAUUUUAUUUUUUAUACCUAUGUUUACGUUUAAACUCCCUAUUCUCCCAAAAAGUACCUUCUGCGAACAUGUGCGGCAUCUAGGGCGCAGGCCUUAUUUUCCCUGUCUCUUCCUGAUCCUCCUUCACCGGCCAAAAUACUGUAAAACCAACAAAUACUGCAAUUCCAGAUGUGUUCUAAACAUUGUUGGUGUAAUAUUGUACAUACGGUUAUCGUGGAUCACUGGACAAGCUGGGAUUUUAUUUGCGCAACUAAUAGUGCUAUUGGCAUCGACUGUAACAACCAUCACAGCCUUGUCGUUGUGUGCAAUAUGUACGAAUGGUGAAGUUAAAGGUGGAGGCGCUUAUUUUUUGGUAUGUUUAUUAGUUUUUGUUUUGUUUUUUAUGAUCUUUUGGUUAUUUUAAAUUUUUUGAUUAAGUUGAGGUUUUUGGUUAGAUGUCUAUAAUAAUAUCGUUUAUAACUUGACGGAAAUUGUAUUUAGCUGUUGGAUAUUGUACUUGAAAGAUGCGCAAGAAUCAUAUUAACAUUUUCAGAGUACUAAUUUGUUUAAAGAAUGUUCUUUUAGCCGGGUUUUUUAAAGAUAUUGUAGUAGGUAUCGAGAAACUUGAUGUUUCAUUUCUAAGAUUGUUCAUAAUUAUUUUCCUCUUGAGAUUAACGUUUAGAUUUUAGGUUCAGAAUAUGUAUCAUAGCUUUGUGGAUCUUUUGAGUAUAAAUUUAGUACACUCAAACGAUUUUCUUCGUCUAAAUCCUAACGAUAUUGUUGUAGAUAUCCAGAUCAUUGGGGCCGGAAUUUGGAGGGCCGAUUGGGAUAAUAUUUUCAUUGGCAAAUGCUGUUGGUGCUGCUAUGUACAUUGUUGGGUUUGCGGAGACUUUGAAGGACUACAUGAAGGAACAAGGAUUCACCUUUCUGGAUGGGGACAUCAAUGAGAUCAGAGUUAUUGGUCUAGGUAGGCUUAUAUAGUAUUUUUUGAUAUCUCAUUUUAACUUUUUUGUAUUUUUGAUGGUAGAUAUUUAUUCAAUAGGUAUUUUUCUUUCUUCUGACAUUAAAUUAGUUUGAAGUCACAUUUUAUUACGUUUGAAAAAUUAAAUAUUCAUAUUAUAGUAGCCUGCACGGUCUUGAUUUGCAUUGUAAUGGUUGGAACUGGCUUCGAAAGCAAGCUACAGAUGGUUUUAUUGGCCAUAAUGCUUGUCAGUUUUGUUGAUUACUUUGGGGGAACGUUUGUGCCGCCAUCUGAAGACAAGCAGAAGAAGGGCGUCACUGGAUAUUGUUGUAGGUAUAUUUACGUUUAUUUGGCUUUUUUGUUUUUUAGUGGUAUCUCAAAGUUAUGGAGGAGUUUGGAUAGUACAGACAGAGUGUUUUACUCAGUCUUAAAGUGCUGUAAAUCUGUAGUCAUCUGUUUCUGUGGGUAUCAAAUAAAGGGAUGGCAAUUGAUUAAAAUAUAUGUUAAUAUAGCUUGGUAAAGCCCUUAUUUUCAGUAAAAACCCUUCAAGACAAUAUGUUUCUUCAAUACCGUGAUAAUCAUAACUUCUUCUCCGUCUUCUCGAUAUAUUUCCCAGCUGCGACGGGUAUUAUGGCUGGUGCCAACAUCUCAGGCGACCUAAAACGGCCAGAAAAAGCUCUACCUUUAGGCACUUUACUAGCCAUUGCGUUUACUACCGUACUCUAUUCAAUCGUGAUUUUUGUAGCCGGUUCUACCGUAAUUCGCGAUGCUGACGGUGUUACUAUUCCUGUUGUUUUAAGUGCUGUUAAUGGUACUAUAAGCGGGCUGGUGGAAGAGAAUGUUGUUGGACUAGCGACUGGAAGUUUGAGUGGUCAAGCUGCUAUGGGUGGUAUAAUGAACCCUGCAGAAGCUAUUCUAUUUCGUAGUGUGGCUUCAGAAGCUGGUAAUAUUGGUAGUAGUGUAGAAGUGAAUUUUUUGGAUAUUUUAUACGAAACACCGGUGUUAUCGUCCUAUGUUAAGCCAAAUUGUUCUUUGCACAACUCAUGCGAAUAUGGAUUGUUGAACUACUUUCAAGUGAUGGAAUUGAGCAGUCUGUGGGGACCAUUAAUCACUGCUGGCAUUUUUGCUUCAUCGUUGAGCUCUGCGUUGUUGUCAUUGGUAUGUUGGGGUUUGAUGGUAAUUUAUCUUAGCUCUUCUUGCUUAUAUCCUUAAUUUACUUUUGUUCCAGGUCAGUUCAGCCAAAGUUUUUCAAGCCGUAUGUCAAGAUGGUAUCUUCCCAUAUGUCAAGCGGUUUUCUCAAGGAUCACCACGUGACGGAGAACCAAGACGAGGCUACCUGCUUGUCUACAUCAUAGCAAUGUUGAUCAUUCUUAUUGGAGAUCUGGACCUAAUAGCACCAAUUAUAUCAAACUUUUUUCUCGGGUCAUACGUACUGGUUAACUAUGCUUGCUUCGACAAUUCGUUUGCUCAGAAUCCGGGCUUUCGACCAGGAUUCAAGUACUACAACAAAUGGGUAUCACUAGCCGGGUCUAUCUUGUGCGUUACUGUCAUGUUCAUCAUCUCAUGGUUGACGGCGUUGAUCACAUUUUUAUUUUUUGGACUGCUGUUUGUGUAUAUAUUGAAACGGAGGCCUGGUAUGUUGUGUUAAGUUGGGUUUUGCAUUGAAACUGAUGGCUUUAUAACAUUUUUCAAUUAAAAAAUAUUUUAGGUAUGAACUGGGGAGCCUCACCACAAGCCCAUUGCUACCGUAACGCCCUUGCCUCACUGACCCGACUAGAUUCAAUCGAACAUCACGUCAAGAAUUAUCGACCACAAAUCAUGUUAAUGACCGGAAACCCGAUGGAACGGGGGUGGAUUGUAGACUUUGUCAGUAAUAUCACUAAAGAUACUUCUUUACUACUGUGUGCUAAUGUUAUUACGGUAAGCUUUGGUUAGGUUUCAGUGUUUUGCGGUUUUUGGAUGGUUUGGAAGGAAAAUUGCAAGAACUUUCUUUACAAAACAAAAAAUGGCAAGAACUUUCUUUACAACGCUCAAAAUGGCAAGAACUUUCUUUACAACACAGAAAAUGGCAAGAACUUUCUUUACGGAACAAAAAAUGACAGAACUUUCUUUACAAAACCAAAAAGUGCAAGAAUUUUCUUUACAAAACAACAAAUGACAAGAACUUUCUUUACAACGCUCAAAAUGGCAUGAACUUUCUUUACGGAACAAAAAAUGACAGGAACUUUCUUUACAAAACCAAAAAGUGCAAGAAUUUUCUUUACAAGACAAGAAAUGGCAAGAACUUUCUUUACAACACGGAAAAUGGCAAGAACUUUCUUUACAAAGGGAAAAAUGGCAAGGAUUUUCUUUACAAAACAAGAAAUGGCAAGAACUUUCUUUACAAAGGGAAAAAUGGCAAGGAUUUUCUUUACAAAACAAAAAAUAGCAAGAACUUUGUUUACAAAAAAAAUGACGAGAACUUUCUUUACAUGGCUUAAAAUGGCAAGAACUUUCUUUACAACGGGAAAAAUGGCAAGAACUUUUUUUUAAUUUUGUUUUUUAUGGAUUUUGUUGCUUAUUUCACGACUUACUGUAACUUUUGUCAUCAUUUUUAACUUUAGAGAGUAUCAAAAGAAGAAAACCCGAGUGUAACUCUUCAAAACCUGAACGAACACUAUCAACAAUACCUAAAAGAUCAAAAAAUCAAGGCAUUCUUUGUGAGUACGAUAAAUGAAACGAUGAGAGAAGGAGCCCUUCAACUGAUUCGAACGGCCGGUUUAGGAAAAAUGAAGCCGAACGUGCUGUUCCUGGGCUACAAAGAGCAUUGGCUAACGGAAGGAAAGGCUUAUAUCAAGGAAGUUGAGAACUAUGUUCAGUGUAUUCAGUAAGUUUUACAGUAUUCUGCUUUACUCUAGUCUUACAAUACGCUACCUUACUUUAGUCUUACAGUAUGCUACCUUACUCUAGUCUUACAGUAUGCUACUUUACUCUAGUCUUACAGUAUGCUACCUUACUCUAGUCUUACAGUAUGCUGCCUUACUAUAGUCUUACAGUAUGCUACCUUACUCUUCUCUUACAGUAUGCUAUCUUACUGUAAUCUUACAGUAUGUUAUCUUAUUUUAGUCUUACAGUAUGCUGCCUUACCCUAGUCUUACAGUAUGCUAACUUACUUUUAUAAUGAUGCUUGAACUUUAAGUACUACUGUUAUUCAAUUACAGAGACGCAUUCGACGCCAAAAUGGGGGUGAUCAUCCUCCGCCGAAACCAACAACUUCAGCUGGAUUCCUUCUACACAAACCAGCCCAAAGACGACUCACAAGAAAUGAGUAUAGCCACAAUCGAAUCACCAACUUCCAGCUUCAAGAGGAAGAUCAAAAAGUCCACGAUCGAUGUUUGGUGGUUGUACGAUGAUGGAGGUCUGUCACUACUAAUACCACAUUUGUUAACCUACCCAAAGUCAUAUCUGGAGCAGGGGAAACUAAGGUUGUUUACGAUAUCCUACAGUAAUCAAGUGACAGAAGCUCAGAGGGAUAUGAUGAUAUUGAUGAAGAAGUUUAGGCUAAAGUUUAAGGAUAUUAUCGUACUGUCGGAUGUUGGCAUGAAGCCUCAGCAUAGCACGUAAGUUUUGUUGGUACUAGCUUGGGACCUUGGAAUUGUUUGGGCCUUGAAAUGAUUUAUGGUAUUAAAUUAGGCUUGGAAGGGGUAAGGGUGUCUAAUAAAGUUAAUCUUUUGUGCGGAGUAAUUUUUGGAGCAGGGGGGUGGUGUGACCCUGCCCAAUUUUUUUUGGAAAAUUGUCUUUUUUUAAAAAAAAAUUAAAAAAAUUUUUUGUUUUUGUUCUUCCCUCCCCCCCCCCUUUAUCAAAAAUUACCCCGCCCAUUACUCCCUAUUAUAAAAAGACCUUAUUCCAGCCUCCACGACUACAAUGUCGAGCUAAAAGACUUCAGAGGUGAAGAACGAGGCAUGAUAACGGAUAUCGAAUGGAAAUGUCAUGAAAAGAAGACCAAUAAACAUUUGAGGAUAUCAGAGGUACUACAAGAACAUUCGAAGAACGCUGAUUUGGUCGUACUGUAGGUUGAUUUUUAACUUUUUUGGGAAAACUUCAGGGAUGUUGGAUAGUGUUAGAAUAGUAGGAUAAGGCAAUUAAAAAAAAUUUUUUUGGGCGUGGUAAUUUUUCAAAAAAAAUUUUUGGGGGUGGCUAUUUUUUUAUGGUGGAUAUAUCUUUCCUAUUAAAAACUUUUUGUUCAGAUCUAUGCCAGUACCCAGAAAGCACAUGUCAAGCGUGUUGUACUUGUCAUGGCUUCAUCAGCUCACCAAAAAUCUCCCACCAACUCUAUUAAUAAGAGGAAAUCAGGAAUCGGUGCUGACUUUCUACACCUAA